GUUUUACUCAUAGUUCUCCAUACAGAGCGCUGUGAUUUUCACUCUAACCACUAGGUGGCGGUAAAGCAGCAGCGCCUCCACUGCCAAUAAACGUCAAACUAGAAGAAGAAGCCAGCUGGAUGGGAGGAGAGGGAGUCCGGCAGAGACAAACAUGAACAAGCUGAAGUCCUCACAGAAGGAUAAAGUUCGUCAGUUUAUGAUCUUCACACAAUCCAAUGAGAAGACUGCGGUGACCUGCCUGUCACAGAAUGACUGGAAACUAGACGUUGCCACGGACAAAUUUUUCCAGAGUCCAGAGCUCUAUGUUUCAAAUCUAAAAGGGGCUUUAGACAAGAAGAAGCUUGAGCAGCUGUAUAACAGAUACAGAGAUCCUCAUGACGACAACAAGAUAGGCAUUGACGGGAUUCAGCAGUUCUGCGAUGACCUGGGUUUGGACCCGGCCAGUAUAAGUGUCCUUCUCAUAGCCUGGAAGUUCAGAGCAGCAACGCAGUGCGAGUUCUCAAAACAGGAGUUCAUGGAUGGCAUGGCAGAACAGGGGUGUGACAGCAUAGACAAACUGAAAGCGCAGCUGCCAAAGAUGGAGCAAGAGUUAAAGGACCAUGGGAAAUUUAAGGACUUUUACCAGUUUACAUUUAAUUUUGCAAAGAAUCCUGGCCAGAAAGGUUUGGAUUUAGAAAUGGCGAUUGCGUAUUGGAAUUUAGUGCUGGCUGGACGUUUCAAGUUCUUGGACUUGUGGAAUAAAUUUUUAGUUGAGCACCACAAAAGAUCCAUUCCUAAGGACACUUGGAAUCUCUUACUAGACUUCAGCACAAUGAUCACGGACGACAUGUCGAAUUAUGACGAGGAAGGAGCGUGGCCUGUCCUUAUCGAUGACUUUGUGGAGUUUGCGCGGCCGCAUAUCGGGACCAAGAGCACAGCAGUUUAAAGGCCGCUCUCACUGAAGGAACAUCCAUGUGAGAUUUCUACAAAACAGAACGCAGCGAACGGAGGACGAGAUGACCGCACUGAGCUGAGAUCUAUGUUGCCUUUUCAACUCUCAGGACUGAAACAUUUUACACAGCAGAGACUUUAUAUAUAUAUCUCUCUCUAUAUAUAUAUAUAAAUAUAUGCGUGUAUGUAUAUAUAUGAAAAAGGCAUAUCUCUUUGUUGGUCAACUUGUAAUGUUUGGAACUUUUAUCUAAAGUAUUGGGCUUCUGUCUGUGCUCAAGCCAGCUGGAGAGGAGUCACCAUUUUUACCACAUGUGGUUCAUUGACGUGGUUGAGCUCAAAAGCAGGUAGAUAGACACACUUGAAUUCUAACGUAAACACAAGGGUUUGCAAGGGGGGUAUUGUUCUUUAAAUAUUGGAUUUUAAUACUAGUGUGCAUUCCUGAUUUUUGGUUUUGUUUUAUGAUACAUUUGUGUGACAAGUCGGUAUAAAACCUUGAUUGUAAUUCUUUUUUAAGCAUAAUGCUGUUUAAACACAAAUGUAUAAAGAUAAAAUAAAUGUUUCCAUUUGGUAUCUUUAA